CCCGCCCGUGACCGCGCUUUCUUCGCAGACCCGGAAAAGGCAUCCCUUCUAAGCCUGGCCACAGCCGUUGAAGAGGUCACUCCGCUCAUCGGCACGGAACUCCAAGGCGUUCAGCUAAGCAAGCUCACCGACCAGCAAAAGGACGAGCUGGCAUUGCUCGUAGCAGAGAGGGGCGUCGUCUUCUUCCGAGAUCAGGACAUUACUCUCGACCAGCAGCAUGCGCUGGCAUCGUACUAUGGCAUUGUACGUCAGCAACUCAACAUGAAUGAUGCAAGAAACCUACACGUGGGAAGCUUACCAGUUGUUAGCAAGAUAGAGACCCCAACCAACAAGAUCCUAGGCACCUCAGAAUGGCAUGGAGAUCACUCCUUCGAGGUGAAUCCGCCGUCGUACACCCUACUGCGCAUGGUCAAGACUCCUCCCAGCGGCGGAGACACCAUCUUCACCAGUCAGACCGGCCUUUAUGACGCAUUGAGUCCUGCUUUCCAGAGAGCCAUUGAAGGCUUGCACGGCGUUCACUCUUCAGACAAAACCUAUCUCGCCUCCAUCAACGGAGGAGGCACGCCGCACAGGGCUCCCAUCGUCACAGCCCAUCCUUUGGUCCGGACUCACCCAGUGACCCGCCUCAAGUCUCUCUUCUAUAACCCCCAUUUCGUUGAUCGUAUCCAGGAGCUCAACGCCCAGGAGUCUCACCACAUCCUGGCCUUCCUCCGCGAGCACCUCUCAAACGCAGACGAUUUGACUGUGCGCUGGAAGUGGACCCCCAGAGCCGUUGCCUUUUGGGACAACAGAAUCAUAGCCCACAAGGCCGUU